AUGGCAGGUUUCUGUUUUUCAUCGUUUCUGGAUAAGGCUUUUAAAUGAACUCUGAAGAAUUUUUUAUAAUAUUAAGCGAAUAAAGUGUAAUAUUGAGAUGGUGGCAACGUUGAGCUGGCCAAGGGCAAAAUUGUCGGUUGCAAAUGGCAAGUGAUGAAGAAACUUGGCGAAGGCGGCUGUGGAGCCGUCUAUUUGGUCAAAUCCGUCGAUUCUCAGGAUACCUAUGUUGCUUUUUUUCAUUGUUCUUUUAAUUUGGAAUCAAUCGGAUUACCUGGAAAAUUUCUGUUUUGAACUUUUAAAACGAGAAAUUCACUUUAAAAAUUUUUAAAACUUUUUGAAUGAUAUGAUGAUUAAAAAAAGUUCUUUGUCGGCUCCCGAUAAUAAAAAAACGUCUCGUAGAUCAUCUUCUUUUUUUCUUGUGAGAGUAGUAGACGAAUUUUUGAAAAAUUCAGACAAGGUUUGCGUUAGCGAGUUUCGAGUCAAAUAAUCAAUUUUUUUAGGUUUUUUUAUUUACAACCAGAAGCGUAAAAAAAAUGCGUCAAUUUGAAUUAGUUUGAAAAUAAUUCCAGAAGUUUUUAUUCAAUUUGAUACAUGUUGAUAAUUGUUGAAUUUAAUUUGAAAAAUGCAACUUUUCUCUAGGCAGCAAUGAAAGCCGAAUCAAACAAUGCAACUGGUGGAUGCGUUUUGAAACUCGAAGUGGCGGUAAAAUUUUUUUUCAAAUAAAGAAAGCUCUCACAAUGAAUUAUCUGUGAAUGAGAAAAGUUUCAAUAUGAAAAAAAAAAAUGGUAAAAAUCACGAAUUAUUGCGCUUUCUUCAGACCGACAAGAGAUUUCAUUUUUCAUAUAGAAGUCGGUUUCAGAUCCUCCGAAAACUGUCCCGCAAGCCUCACGUCACUCAACUGUUCUGCUCGGCGAGGAACAGUCAGUUUAGCUACAUGGUGAUGACACUCCUUGGCGAUAGUCUCAAUAAGAUUAGCAGGUUCUUUUUGUUAUGAUUGUUGCGUUUGGAAUGGCUCGAUGCGGCCUUUUUUCAUGCUUUAUCUACCUAUUCUUCUCGAAAAAAAUGAUCUUUUCCACUUCAAGACGCCUCGGCCGGAUAUUCAGCGUCUCGACGCAAGUUCGCAUCGGCGCCAACAUUCUAUUUUGUUUGAAACAAAUUCACGACGUACUAUUUCCCUUUCGUUAUUUAUUAACCAAUAGCAAAUUUCUAGAUUGGUUAUAUUCAUCGAGAUCUAAAGCCGGCGAAUAUUGCGUUGGGAUUUGUAAGUCUCGAUUUUUUUUUUUGAGAAAAAUACCCUUGAGAUUCCAAAUUUCAGAAUAUUUUUUGGAUUGAUGGAUAGAUGUACUUUUUUCAAGAAAAAAACUAUACAAAUAAGCUUGGUAAUUUCUGAAUUGGUCUUAAAAUCAACUUAUUUACGUCAGGAGCAGAUGUUAUUUCGUGACUCUGUCACCAAAAACUCCUGAAUUUUUUGGUAAUUUUGAAAAUAAUUCUGCCUGAGUGAAAUUAUACCCAAUAUACCGAUCCUCUUUGAAAUAACAUUGUUUAACUUAUUCAACUUAAUAUCAAGUUAGAAGUUAUGUUUUUUUAUCUAGAUUCAUCAUUUGAUAGUCUAGAACUAGUAAUUUUAAUUUUGCGUGAAUUGUCAAAAAGAGCGAUAUUUUCACCGAGAUAAAGGUUUUUCUUUCUUUCUGUUAGACUGGCACCGCCGAGUCUCGCUUUUUCCACAUUCUGGACUUUGGGCUCGCUCGGCAGUACGCAGUGACUAGCGAAGACGAACCAGAACGCUACAAGUUGCGACGUCCUCGCGAAAGGGCACUGUUCAGGUGUGCGAGCCGCGACGCGACCGCAACGCGUCCUGAUCCUUCAGAGGCACCACGAGGUACUGCUCGGUCGGAAUGCACGAUCGCGCCGAGCAAGGAAGAGUCGACGACCUCUGGAGCAUGCUCUACUUGCUCGCCGAGCUCCGCGGACCGCUUCCUUGGUCUUCUUUUGCGUGAGCGACGUCACCUUCUGCUCGACGAUGACGUCAUGAGUUUAGGGACAAAAAGGUGGUCGGCGAGCAGAAGAGACUAUACUCAGAUGACGCUCUCCUGCAGAACAGCCCGACGGAAAUGCUCGAAAUCGCCCAAUAUUUGAGGUGACCGUGGUCGGCCUCGACGAUUCAAACUUUUCGCUGCAGGACGUUAACGUAUUACAAUCGGCCGGAUUACUUGAAGAUUUACAAUUUGUUUCUGUCUAUCAUGGACAAGGGAAAGUUCAAGUCAGUUCUAAUCUUCUGGACUUGUUGCUCAAACAUCUUUUUUUGCAGAUGGUCUGAUCCUUUCGAUUGGGAGCUGCUGUAAGUUCCUAAAGUUAGAUAUCCCACUUUAAUUAAUGACAUAUUGAAGGGAUAAGAAAAAAGAGAAGAGGAGCCUUUCAAAGGCCCUCACACCCACGAGAAGCGUCUCCAAAGAGCCACCGUCGAGGUGAAAGAUAACCGUGAAGUUAUCGAUUUUCAGGAAUGUUUAGUAAUGAAGGAUCAGAACCUUUUAAAAGGAAUGUUUAAAAAAAGUCAAAGUCAAAAAUAUUAGUUAGCGGUUACUGAGUUGAUGACCUCACUUAAUAGGAUAUUGAAGUAUAGUAUUCGAAAAUCUUUAAUCAAAAGACAGUUAAAUUGGCGAAGAUUCGAGUAUACAUGCCUGUGACGUCAUCGGAGUUUUAUUUUGAAUUAUUAUGUCCGUGAAAAGGAUGUACUGACUUGACACGGUAAAACCAAUGAAUUUAUCUUCUCCCACUAAGUUUUUGGCGCCUUGAACAAGGACUUUAGCGGUGAGGAGUGAAACGAAAAAAAAAGAGGUAAAAUUAGGCUUAUGGCGUUGACGUCACGACUAUCGUCGCCAAUAUUUGGCCUCAGAGCGAAGACGCCGACGCGGUCGAAGCCUGUAGCGUCCAAGGAGGCGGAGAUGGCCUCGAGAAUGGACGACGCCGUCGAGCAGAAAACCGUCGGGACUAAGGAACAUGUCGGCAAUGACGUGAGCCUUUUUGACGUCAUCAGAAGCCGGAAAAAAGGAUAUUUUCAGACUAUCUUGCCUUUCAAAAUCGAAGAUUUUACGACGAACCCUAUCGGAUUUUGA